UCACGGAAUUGGUCAAGUUGAUAGAACAGAAGUCAAAGCAGAAUUUACUGAAUGAACAUGAAAAUGAAUUUAGAGAUAAAAUCGUAGAAAAUGAACUAAGUAAUGAUUUUGAAUCGAUAAAGUUUAAGGGCAAUGAUGAUGUAAAUAUAGGGUGUGAAAUAAAGGAUGUAAAGUUUAUAAGGUUUAUGGAUGUGAAGAAUAAUACCAAAGGAUAUGAGAAAGUUAAUCGAUGGGAAAUUGAAAGAAAUAAAUUGAAAAAAAAAAGAGGUCUGGAUACGAAACUUACCCUAAUAAUUCUGCCUGACAAAGAAAGCAGUGAUAAAGCUAAGAAGAAUAAUGAAGAUGCAGAUUUGGAGAAUUUGAUUGACUGUUUACUUGGAAAUCUUAAAAACUUGAAUACCCAAAUUAAAGGAAAUUGA